AUGCCCCGUGGACAAUUGAUUCUCAUUGAAGGAUUGGAUAGAUCGGGUAAAUCAACCCAAGCAUCGUACCUCACUUCAAAAUUAUCCCCGUCUAAACUAAUCAAAUUUCCGGAUAGAACUACCCCAAUAGGGAAACUCAUAAAUGAAUACUUAACCAACAAAUCAUUCGCACUUAAUGAUCAAUCUGCACACUUGUUGUUCCUGGCCAAUAGGUGGGAAUUGAAUGAAGAAAUUCACCUGUUGUUGAACCAGGGUUACUUUAUUGUUUUGGAUAGGUAUAUCUAUUCAGGAUUGGCAUAUACCCUUGCAAAACAUGAUUUCCAAGGUGAAGGAGUUUCGUCGGGUGGCAGCAAAAAACAAUUAGGUGACAUUGAUUGGUUACUUGGACCAGAUAAGGGGUUACCCAAGCCGGAUUUGACCUUGUUUUUGACAUUGGAUUUGCAAGAAAUUAGUAAAAGGAAAGGAUUUGGCGAUGAACGGUACGAAAUGGAACAAUUUCAAGCAAGAGUCAAGCAAUGCUUUUUAAAAGUGUUGCCUAAGGAAGACAACGUCCAAAUUGUCGAUGUUGGCGGGAAAACUAUAGAGCAAGUUUCGGAAGAACUUUGGAACUUGAUUGUAUCUAAACUGAAACAUAUACAGACUAACAACCCUAUAGAACUAAUCUAG